CAAAACUAGUACAGCCCUCGUCAGCAAACGCAACUCUCGCGGUAGUUGCAAGCACAUGGCAGCCCUCAGUGUUUACAACUUGUGCUGAACUGGUGAAUAAAAAUCUGAAGACGUCCAGUGGUACAAAGACUUUAAGAAGACGUUUCGUUGUGAUCAAUACUCUCCUGGUUACGUGAAAAGACCUACACUGUCGGUCGAAAAAAAAGUGUUAACAGCCGAGCAGAACCAGAGGCCAGACCUGCCACAACAACGCAGAUAGGUUAGUUGGUGCUGUGAUGUCCCCAUCCUCCAGCAGACUCAAACACCCACACUGCAGAAAGAAGCAUUAUCCUAGUAGCACUUAUCUCACCCACGUCUGACAACCACCCAGCACACACGAGGCACAAAGCCGCCACUUGGAGGCCAGGUAGAGGACUUGACAGGCGAGAUUGAGAAACAAAGAGAGAUGUCUGACUCUGUGGGAGGUGGAGAAAGCGGAGGUGUGACGGGUUCAGGGCAGGACACAGAGGCAGAUAAUGAGCCCCCUCAACAGAUGCCUCCAUUACCCGAGGCUGAGUGUGCACAGAGCGGGGAGACCCCAGAGGAAGAGGCCCCUUCUUCUGCCAAGAGGCCCAGACUGACUGAGGACUUGGGUCGGGUCACCGAGCCCCUCGAGAUUCAUAGUAAUACGGCGCCACUGGCUGGUUUGCUGCAGGGAGACCCAGCCUCACCUGCACAAGGAGUCGCCCUGCAAUGUGGGGAGGAACGUCAGGAGGCGGAGGAGGAUGCCGUGAAUGGAGGAUGUAAAGUAGAAUGCCAUCAGAAUGGAGAUGGAAGUCAUGAAGCUCCUUUAGAGGAAGGAGAAACGAAACCAGAGGAUGAGCAGAACUGUGAUGGAUCUGCAGACAGCCCCAGUGAAGGACAGCACCUUGGCCUAGAUUUUACCCAGAACCCCCAGAUGCUGACUGGUUCUUGGACUGAGUAUUCCAACUUCCCAGAGAACUACCUCAAAGGCUGCAAAUGGGCCCCUGAUGGUUCGUGUAUCCUGACCAACAGUGCAGACAAUGUGCUGCGUGUGUACAACCUUCCUCCAGAGCUCUACAGCUACAACUGGGACUUGCUUCCCGAGAUGAGUCCAGUGCUGAGGAUGGCAGAGGGAGACACCAUCUACGACUACUGCUGGUAUCCCAAGAUGAGCUCCCUUGAUCCAGACUCCUGCUUCCUAGCCAGCAGUAGCCGUGACAACCCGGUCCACGUGUGGGAUGCGUUUUAUGGGGAGGUUCGCGCCAGCUUCCGCCCGUACAAUCACCUGGAUGAGCUGACUGCAGCCCAUUCCCUCUGCUUCUCCCCUGAUGGCUCACAGCUCUACUGUGGUUUUGACAAAACCGUCAGGGUGUUCUACACUGAGCGUCCCGGCAGAGACUGCGAGGAGAGACCCACCAUAGUGAAGAAGCAAGGCCAAAGUGGCAUCAUCUCCUGCUUCGCCUUCAGCCCCUGCCUGUCUGUUUACGCCUGUGGCUCCUACUCCCGUAGCGCCGGCCUGUACUCCUGCCAAGAUGGCACUCCACUGGCACUGCUGCCGACCCGCCACCACGGAGGCCUCACCCACCUGCUCUUCUCCCCCGACGGCAACUACCUGUACACUGGCGGGCGCAAGGAUCCAGAGAUCCUGUGUUGGGACCUAAGGGAGCCGGGAAAGGUCGUGUUCUCUCUCAGGAGGAACGUUGCCACUAACCAGCGUAUCUACUUUGACCUGGACCUGUCGGGCAGGUACCUACUGAGUGGGGACACAGAGGGAGUGGUGUCAAUAUGGGACACCCAGACAGCUCCUCUUGAUGGCAACGAGGAGCUACUGCAACCUCAGCUCCAGUUUCAGGCCCACUGGGACUGUACCAACGGCAUCAGCAUUCAUCCCUUCAUGCCGUUGCUGGUGACGUCCAGCGGGCAGCGUCAGUUCCCCUGGCCCGGAGACAGCGAGGGUGACUCGGCCUCCGACGGCGAGGGGGGCCAAGACGCCAUGUCGCCGCAGGAGAUCCGACAAGAUAACGCCCUGACAGUGUGGUGGGCCGGACCGCUCAGCCCUGCCGCAGAGGAGAGCAAGGAGCAGAACACAGUGGUGGAGGACGCCUGAACGCCCGUUUCUCCGAGCAGCUGACCGACCCCUCCUCUGGUCUGGAUCAAAUCGAAUUACACCUCCCAUGUGAUGUUUAUUUUGGGAACGUUUGGCGUGGAGAGAGCUGACUGCAUAUCGCGGAUUAGUUUGAGUCAGGUUCUUUUGCAUUCAGUGACCCGAAGUCUUGAGAUGAAGAACCAGCAUAUUUUAUAGAAUGUACAUAUACAGCCAAAGUUGUAUAUUUAAUCCAAAUCAUUUUGCAGAAUGAAUGUUAACACACUACCUGCGAGUAUUCAGCUUCUACAAUCUCUAACAGUGAAUCUACUCACCACUAUCACUAGCAGUGUGGAAAUAAAAAAGGAUUUGGAAACAUGAUGCAUUCUUAAACAUUAAAUGGACCUACGUGGCUCUUUAUCUGAAGGCUUUGAUUGUUGUUCCAAGUUUAUAGCCAAGGAGGUAACAAAGACCCAGGGUUGCAACUGUGGUAAUUGUUGAAAAGCAGGGAACUUUUUCUUGAAAAGACCCCCACCCAUACUCAGGUUGAGACAGGAGAGAAGACCCACCAGGGAAUGGGCAGCGUGAGCACAGGGUCAGGGUCAAACGUCUCACAAUUCUGUCAAUUCAGUGGCUAAUAAUGGAGCGUUAAUUUUCAUUUAAUUUAGUCAAACUGAAAUAUAUGAACUGCUUUUUUGUUUGUUUGUUUGUUUGAUUUGGAAGUUUUCUUUUCAGCUUUUGGAUUUUGAUGGGAAUCCACUUCCUGUAUUGGCUGAAUGGAAGGUGGACUAGCCCUGCCUGUGGUGUGGAGCAACCCAGUGUCCAUUCUACUGAUUGUACCUCCAGUCUGAGUUGCUUGUGUGGGAGUGUUUGUUUACCUGUAUGUAGCUGUAAUGCUGCCCGGAGAUUCCUAAUUGCUAUAGUUACAGUAAGUGCCGUUCAUUCUCAAGCUUUGUUUUUGUAAAACUGGUCAGUGGGAUCUCCUGAUUUAUUUUCUUUUUAACUAUUGUGUGUGCCAAGGUGUAGUGUCGCUCAGUGCACGCCCAUGAAAUGUAUAUUUUUGUAAAGCCAUGAUGAUCAUUCUAGUUUUUGAAUGUAUACUGUGUGAGCAGCUGAUUAUGUAACCUCAUAACAAUAUGUGAAAAUCCUUCGUUUUUAAAUAUAUAUUUAGAGCGGGUGCGCUUGUGUAAUGACUGAUGUCUGUUGUAUGCGCUUCUACAGGUUGUGCUCAAAUACCAUUUUUAUCUGGGUGAUUAUGUUGCAACGCACAACAGUAUUUGUAUAAGUGAAUAAAUAUACUGCAGUAAUUAGCUCACUGCUUAUUUUGCCAUUCAUAAGAGUGCUUUUUUGCCGCAGGGUUUCUUUGCAGGUUCAGGAUUUGACCAGAUGGGGCUCAACAAGCCCCAACCAAAGCCUUGUAUUCAUAGACAUAACAACACUGAGGAGUCUAGAAAUUUUAUAAGCCUCUUGUGAAUCAGGUUUUACUUCUCAGAAAUAUCUUUUGUUGCCAAGCAAUAUCAGCUACUUUUGUGCUUAAUGUGUUGAAAUGUUUUUUGUUGUCUGAUAAUGUUGCAGACAUUCUACCAGGAAGCAGUAGGAAUCAUCUAGGCCCUGCUGAUUUCAUAAAGCUCUCUAGAUAGAUGACUGUCUACAAGUGGUUUUAUGUAGCUCUCAUUCAAGUUGGACUGAAUUAAAAGCAUCUUUCUUCACAGAC